AAAAAUGCUCCACCCAUCUCCAUAUUUUUGUACAUAAUAAAAUAAAGAAUCUCGCUUUGACUUUGUGUUAUUAGUAGCAAUAUUUAACAGCUACAACGGAAUUGCAGUUACGGGGGGAAGAGAGAUGGAGGGAGUAGGAGGAGGAGGAGGAGGAGCACAGUUCAAUCCGCGCACAGUCGAGGAGGUCUUUAGGGAUUUCCAGGGCCGCCGGGCCGGAAUGAUCAAGGCGUUAACAACAGAGGUUGAAGAAUUUUAUCAGCAGUGUGAUCCUGAGAAGGAGAAUUUAUGUUUGUAUGGCUCUCCAAAUGAGCAAUGGGAAGUCAAUUUACCAGCUGAAGAAGUUCCUCCAGAACUUCCAGAGCCUGCAUUGGGUAUUAACUUUGCAAGGGAUGGCAUGCAAGAAAAGGACUGGUUAUCUUUAGUUGCUGUCCAUAGUGAUGCGUGGUUGCUUGCUGUUGCCUUCUAUUUUGGUGCUAGAUUUGGAUUUGAUAAAGCUGAUAGGAAACGUCUUUUUAAUAUGAUAAAUGAUCUUCCAACAAUAUUUGAAGUCGUGACUGGUGCACCAAAGAAACAAGGAAAGGAGAAGUCAUCUGUCUCAAAUCAUAGUAGCAACAAAUCAAAGUCAAAUUCUAGAGUGCGGGAAUCACAGGUAAAGUAUUCAAAAGCAUCACAGCCGAAGGAUGAAGAUGAAGACUUUGAUGAGGAAGAUGAUGAGCAUGGAGAUACUUUGUGCGGGGCUUGUGGUGAGAACUAUGCAUCGGAUGAAUUCUGGAUUUGCUGCGACCUCUGUGAGAAAUGGUUCCAUGGGAAGUGUGUGAAGAUUACCCCAGCUAGAGCAGAGCAUAUUAAGCAGUACAAGUGCCCAACAUGCAGCAAUAAGAGAGCUCGUGUUUGAUGUUCACCAACAUGUGAUGCAUGGUGCUCUGUUUGUAACUCUUCUCUUGGUAAACUCUACUAACUGCCCUGUCCAUCAGUUGUGUUUCCAGAUUCUGACUAGGUAGUGCAGCAUGUGAAUGAAUGGUUACUUUGGUGUAGGAGGUCUCAGUUUUCAGUGUAAAAAACUAUUUAUUUGUAGUUUGGUUUUUAGAUAAUCCCCGCGUAGAACACUUAAUCAUCCUUCAAUCCAGUAGGUAAGAAAAUGUGUGAUAGUAA